GCGCGGGAGAUUUGAACUUCCUUUCCAAGCAGUCAGGCCCCGCGCGGAAAUAAAGUUGCGCAGCUGUUUUCUCUUCAGGCCCUACAAUAGGGGCCAAAGUGCAGACUACAGAGAUGGUGGAAGGACCAGGAUGUACUCUGAACGGAGAGAAAAUUCGGGCGCGAGUGCUCCCAGGCCAGGCGGUGAUAGAUGUGCGGGGAAGUGCUGUGCMGAACCUGGAGAGCCCCGCAUUGUUACAGGUAGCCUCAAGGGUCCAGAUCUCUUCACAGGCUGUUGCACUGAAUAGUAAUAAGGAUUCCAGACAGAAUUUUUUGCGAGUGUUUAAUGGAUGUGUUUACAGUGGUGUGGAAACUUUGGGGAAGGAGCUCUUUAUGUACUUUGGCCCAAAAGCUUUACGGAUUCACUUUGGAAUGAAAGGCUCCAUCAUGAUUAAUCCACUUGAGUGUAAAAGAAAAAAUGGUGUUUCUCCUGUUUUUGAAGUGCAACUCACCAAAGAUUUGAUUUGUUUCUUUGACUCAUCUGUAGAACUCAGGAACUCAAUGGAAAGCCAACAGAAAAUAAGAAUGAUGGCAGAAUUAGACAUAUGUUCACCUAAAUUUAGUUUCUCAAGAGCAGAAAGUGAAGUUAAAAAACAGACAGGUCGGAUGCUAUGUGAUGUGUUACUGGAUCAAAGAGUGUUGCCCGGGGUAGGCAACAUCAUCAAAAAUGAAGCACUCUUUGACAGUGGUCUCCAUCCAGCUGUUAAAGCUUGUCAGUUAACAGAUCAACAGACCCGUCACCUUGUGAAGAUGACUCGCGACUUCAGCAUUUUCUUUUACAGGUGCUGUAAAACAGGAUCUGGUGUCUCUAAACACUGCAAGGUUUACAGGCGUCUUAAUUGUGGUCAUUGCCACUGCAAAAUAACUGUAUGUCGCUUCGGGGAGAAUAACAGAAUGACAUAUUUCUGUCCUCAAUGUCAAAAAGAAAAUCCUCAACAUGUUGACAUAUGCAAACUGCCAACUAGAAAUACUGUAGUCAGUUGGACAUCUAGCAGAAGGGAUCAUCUUAUUGACUUGGUGGCUCAGAAGUCCGAAGAGCAAUGGACAUGUUCAGUCUGUAYGCUAAUAAAUAAGCCCUCUGCUAAGGCAUGUGAUGCUUGCUUGACCUCAAGGCCUAUUGAUUCAGUGCUCAAGAAUGAAGAAAAUACCAUUGUCUUUAGCAACUUGAUUAAGUAUCCUUGUAAUAGYUUUGGAAAUGCACAUACAGAAGUAAAGAUCAACAGGAAAACUGUAUUUGGAACUACAACUCUUGUCUUAACUGAUUUUAGCAAUAAAUCCAGUACUUUGGAAAGAAAAAGAAGCCAAAACCAGGUACUAGACGGGGAAUUUCAAAACUCUCUUCCUACAAACGUUUGUCUUAGUGAUACACAGCACCCCUCAAAGGAGAGAACAAACUAUAUAACUCAACUAUCUAACAAAGUAAACAUAUCACCUUUGGUCUGCUAUCAGUCUGAAUUAUUUAGUCCAGCACAUAAAAAAUUGAAAACAACCCACCACUCGGAACCAGAUCUCAAAAGUUGCAACCCUGGAUUUUCUAACAGUGAACUCCAAACAAAUACGACAGCUGGUCCUUGUACCUUAAAUAAUGGCGGCCCUCGAUGCAGUAAACACAACCUCCGCUGUGUUCUGCGAGUUGUGAGGAAGGAUGGUGCAAACAAGGGAAGACAGUUUUAUGCUUGUCCUCUGCCUGGAAAAACACAAUGUGGAUUUUUUGAAUGGGCAGAUUUGUCCUUCCCAUUCUGCAACCAUGGCAGGCGCUCCAUCAUGAGAACAGUGCUGAAGAUUGGACCAAAUAAUGGAAAGAAUUUUUUUGUGUGUCCUUUUGAGAAAGAAAAACAGUGCAAUUUUUUCCAGUGGGCAGAAAAUGGUCCAGGAAUAAAAAUUAUUCCAGGAUGCUAAUAUUUUCUCUUUCUGUAGAAUAUCUGACACUUAAUCCUUUGAAACUUUUU